AUAAAGCAGAUCGAAGACAGCCUGAGGAGCUGUGAGACUCAGAGGGAACUGUCUGCACUGAAGCGUAAACUGGAGCUCGUGGAGGAGGAGAAGAGUGACUACAGUGACAAAUGCUCCAAGGCUGAAGUGGAGGUCAAGGAUCUUCGGUUUACAGUUGAGGAGCUCCAGAAGAAGCUGCAGGCAGCUACCAACCCUCCCCCAGCUCCAGCACCUCCGCCUCCCCCACCACCUCCACCUCCUCCGGCCCCUCUGGCUUCCAACCCACUCAGUUCGCUGUUGUCAUUGAUCCGAAAGAGAAGAGAUGUUUAUACUGACAUCCCACUGGUGGACCAGGACUCUGCCAAGACACCAGAUGUGGACAUCAAGCAGCAGGCAGUGGAGGAAAUGAUGCAAAGGAUCAAGAAAGGCAUUCAACUACGGCCCGUCAGCCAGUCACCUAAUAGGACCAGGAGACAGCAGAUGGAGAGGCUGCCCUCUAAUUCUGCCUAUCAGCAACUUAAAGGAAUCAUGGAGAAUUUCAAUAGAACCUCCCCCCAACCGAAGGCAGAGUCUCCAUCAAACAGCCGUGAUGAGGAGCUGCAGAGGAUCCUGCUGAGACGGCGGGACGCACUGGAGUCCCAGCACAGGACCAGCAAUUAG